CUCAUUUCUAGCACUUACAACUCUCAUUUCUUUCACUUCCUACAUAACAAAAAAUGUCAACUGAGCAGAACAUAAUAGUUCUCGUUCAUUGGAAUGGGGUAUUGACCAAUGUUGACAACGAAGUCAAAUACUCUUCAUUUCCGAAUGCGGUGCUGUUUUUAAACGCCGAUGUUAGCUACUCAACAUUGUGUGAGAAUGUACUUUCUCAGAUUUCUCGUGAUGGUUUAAAUGAAAUUAAAACCAUUCACGGAAAAUUUCCUUUUGAUACUAGAGAUGGUGUGUGUGCAUCUAUGCCGUGGCCCAUACAUGAUGAGCCGUCGUGGAUCUAUUUUGUCCAAAUAGCUUCAAACGUAUAUGAUCGUUUGGAGGUAUUCAUUGAUGCAACCAAUAGGGAUGUGGUUAUUCCAUUGCACGAAGGCCCUUCUAGGCGGCGGCGCAACGUGAUGCCAUCUACAUUAAAUCAAGGUCCUUCAAUGGUUCAUAUGGAUCCCUCACAUGAGGCCGUGGAGGAUGAAGAUGACCCUGACUACAACAAUCUUUCCUUUUCGGAAGAGGAUAGCGCUUCCAAUGAUAGUGAUGAUAGUCAUGACUCGUCUUGGGCUCUGCCACACAACCAAGAAGAUCCGUUUGUUGAACCCGCCUACCGUGUGGAAGAUCCAAUACAUGUGGGAAGGAUAUAUGCUUCAUUUGAUGAACUCAAAAAAGCAGUCUCUAUUCAAACCUUGAAAGAGUACCGAGCAUUCGAGAAUGUGUCAAAACGUCCUACAUACUGGAGGGCCAAAUGCGUCCAUCAAGAGCAAUGUUCAUGGCACAUUCAAGCGGCACAAGUGAAGGACACUGACUCUUGGAAAGUAAAGCAGUAUCAACCCCGCCAUAAUUGCAUUCCGACUUACACAAGAGCCAACCGCCAGUGAUGGAACUCACUUGUAUGGCAAGUACAAGGGUCAUCUCCUAGUCGCGGUGGCAAUGAAUGCCAACCGUGAAAUCUACCCUCUAGCAUUUGGAGUGGUAGAUAGUGAGAAUGGUGCUAGUUGGAAGUGGUUCUUACAAUUGCUUGUGACACAUAUCAUACCCCCUGAUCGAAAUGUUUGCAUCAUCUCCGAUAGGCAUGCGGCUAUAGAUUAUGCAUUUUGAAAUGUGGAACAAUUGGGAACACCUCAAAUUCAGAGACGUUAUUGUCUUCGCCACAUUAGAAGCAAUUUCAUGACCCAAUUUAGAAGUAAACAACUAAAGAAGUUGUGUUGGCGAGCAGGAAGUACCCCAAUUGUAAGUGAAUUUCAUCAUUAUAUGCAACAAAUUCGGGGUACUAACGAGAGAGCUUUCAAGUAUUUAAAUGACAUUCCCCAAGAAAAGUGGGCACUUUGUUUUGAUGGUGGUUGUCGAUAUGGUAUUUUAACGACAAAUCUUUCAGAAAGUUUCAACAAUGCUCUCAAAGGAUGUAGGACAUUGCCAAUCAGUGCCCUUGUGCGAGCGACUUUUGACAAACUGGUCCAGCUCUUCGCCCAACGUCGUACUGCUGGUAUGAUGUGGCAGCAAGCUGGAUAUCAUUUUCCGGACAACAUUCGGAAAGAGCUUAUGGAGCGUUGGCAACAACGACCUCACACUGUGGUUCUUCCACACAACCAUUACACAGGAAUUUACUCGGUCUCCGUAGAAAAUGCAACACCCGUUACGGUUAAUCUAUCCAGACGUGUUUGUGACUGUGGUUGUUGGAGGAUGAACGGAAUGCCAUGUGUCCAUGCACAUUCUGUGUGCCAUUUUCUAAAUUGCAGUGUUGAUUAUCUUAUUCCUGAUGUAUACAAACUGAGUUCUUACAUAAAUGCACAUUCCGGUGAUAUCAUGCCAUUUCCGAAUAUGAAUGAGUGGCCGCAAAAUGAGUUCAUUCUUCUUCCGCCUAAGUACUCUUCCAGAACUUCUCGAGCUGGGCGCCGUCAAGAAACAAGAUUUCCAAAUGAGAUGGAUAUGCGUCCAAGACGAAGAGGACAACAUGAUUGAUUUGUAUUUGUACUCUUAUAAUGUAAUCUGUUUUUGUACUUUGUUUUAAUGUUUUAAAAUAUUUAUUAGCCAUAUAUUUUAUAUGUACCUUUAAUAUGACUUAUUGUG